CGGCCCCGCCCCCCUCUCCCCUCACCGGAAGUCGACCUGGUUAAAGAACGCCGAUACCAACCUGUACAGAAGUACUUACACUCAGCUUUAAACUCACAUUCAUUCGUAAUUAGAACUACGCAAAAUACUACGAAACAUUCUUUAUUGUCUUAUCAGGUUGUUUUACGGUUUAAUGCAAAAAAAUAUAUAACUGGACGGAAAUUCUUAUUAAAGUUUUAAAGCGACGUUGCACCUAUGGGAGACUUGUGAGGGACUCGUCGACUCGUGAGGGACUCGUGAGAGGGACUCGUCGACUUUAUCUCUGGGUAUGGAGAUGCCGGGUGGCGUGCGAGGCUCCUCGCGUGACCUCGAGUCCCAAGCGGAGCUCCGAGAGCGCCUCUACUCAGCCUUCAAGAGCCGAGGCCUCCUCACUUCGCUAAAGACCCAUGUGCGAGACCGUGUCGUCCGUGAGCUGCGCUGUCCAGGCGAGUCGAAGGCUCCUCCGGGCCUGGUGGAGAGUGCCGCUCUGAGCCUCGUGGCUCAGCAUCUGGGGGCCACGGCCUGCGAGUACUCGCUGUGCCUCCUGUACCCAGAGAGUGGCCUGCAACCCCACGCGGUAUUGAAGCCGGAGGAGGUUCUGCGGGUUCUAGGUUUAAGCUCGGAGCGCUGGGCAGCACGGACAACUGCGGGGAGUGCAGGAGGAAGCCAUCAGAGUUUGUUGCUCUGGCUGCUGGAAGAGCUCUCCGAGAGAAGGAGAGGGAGCGGCGUUCGCGAUGAGGAGACGCAGACCAGCCCCGAGGAGCGAGCGUGGGGCGAAACACUCGGGGAGAGGCUGCGCUGCAUUGACCGUGAGUUUUCGGCGUCUGUCCCGGACCCCAAGGGAGCAGCCGGAUCUGCCCUCCACCGGCUGGAGCUGCAGGUGGAGCGGAGAGUCCGGGAGGAGGUGGACACCAGGGUGCGAGAGUUCACGGAGCGCUCGCUGUCCGAGGCGGUGCAGAGAGAGCGCCGGAGUGAUGGGGAGCAGCGGGCUGAGUGGCUGAGCGGGGCCGAACGCGACGCUCGGAGGCAGCGCGAGGAGCUGGAGCGGAGCCACGCGGCCGCGUCCAAGCUGUGGCGCCAAACCCAGGAGGAUGAUGAGCGAGCGCUGUACCAGGAGAGGCAGACGCUGCUGAGAGAGGCCGAGGCUCUGAGGGUGCGGGAGGCCCAGCACAAAUUCCACGUGCAGUCCACUGAAGCCGCCCUGCGGCUGAGGGAGCGAGGGGUGGAGAGCGCUGAGGGGAGGCUGAAGGAGAGGGAGACGGCGGCCGGAGCCCUGGAGGAGACGUUCACCCUCCGGCUCCGGCAACACACGAUGGCGCACGAGGUGAGAGUGCAGCAGGAAUUUCAGGAGAGGACUCUCAAACUCGUCCAGGGGGAGGAGAGGCUGGCAGCGUCCGAUCGGGAAACCCAGAAGCAACUCCAGGAGCUGCAGGAGGCUCGCUGCACCAUCGCUCGCCUACAGGCUGAACUGGCGGAGGCGAGGGAGGCGGUCGCAACGGCGACGAGGAAAGGGGAAGAGACACUCGCCAUGGCAACGAGGAGAGGGGAGGAGGCGGCCGCCACGGCAACGAGGAGAGGGGAGGAGGCAGUCGCCGUGGCAACGAGGAACUGGGAGGAGGAGAGGGAAGCUAUGCGGGGAGCCGUGCUGAGUCUGGAGACGGAGCUCAACGCCGCUAGAGAGGAGACCUCACGACAGAGACUCGCACGGCAACGGGACUCGGACUCACAGAUGGAGAGGAUAUCGACUCUGAGGAAGGAGCUGCGUCUACAGCAGGAACACAACCAGCUCCUGGAGAGACAGCUCAUGCUCACGGCCGGAGGUUCACGAUCACCACCACCUCCUCCACCACCACCUCCUCCUCCUCCCCGCCUCGCACGCUCUCCAUCUCCGGACUUCCUCGCCGAGGCCCAGCUGCGCGUGAGGCAGCUGGAGCUGCAGGCCCUCAGCCUGGAGGAGGCCUACAGACGCUGCGCUCCAAACGCCACCGCCAAGAGCUUCGCCCCAACAGAGCGCCACCACCAUCUCCAUCACCACAACCACCAGCGCAGCACCAGCGGGUGGGCAGGGAGAGGAGGAGGGGGAUGGGACUGGGACCUGGGGCUGGGAGCUCGGGCAGAGGGGGUGGGAGGGGAGAGACGUUGUGAGGAGAGGGACACUGGGAUGGCCGGGUUGGGCAGACAAUUGUGGCUAGAGAGAGACGAGACGGGCAUCGAGAGAGACGAGAUGAUGAUCGGGAGACAGACGACGGGAGUAGAGAGAGACGAGACAUGGCUAGAGAGAGACAAGACAUGGCUAGAGAGAGACAAGACAGGGAUCGGGAGACAGACGACGGGAGUCGAGAGAGACAAGACAUGGCUAGAGAGAGACGAGACGGGGAUCGAGAGAGAUGAGACGGGGAGCGGGAGACAUACGAUGGGAGUCGAGAGAGACAAGACAUCGCUAGAGAGAGACAAGACAUGGCUAGAGAGAGACGAGACGGGGAUCGGGAGACAGACGAUGGGAGUAGAUAGAGGCAAGACAUGGCUAGAGAGAGACGAGACGGCGCUAGGGAGAUGGACAACAGGGAUGGAGAAAGAGAGAGGACUGGAGAUGGACAAGAUCGUGAUGGGGAGACACAAUACAGGGAUAGAGAGAGAGACAACAGGACUAGAGAGAGAGACAAGACGAGAGAGAGAGACAGAGAGACAGGCAGGACUAGAGACAGAGACAGAGAGACAGACAGGACUAGAGAGAGAGACAGGGACACAGAGACAGACAAGACGAGAGAGAGAGACACAGAGACAGACAGGACUAGAGAGAGAGACAAAUCGAGAGAGAGAGACAGAGAGGCAGACAGGGCUAGAGAGUGAGGCAGGGCUAGAGAGACAGAAGCCAGGGUUACAGAGACGGAUGGAGAUGCAAGAUUGGGAUACAGACGACACGGACCAGGGGAACGUGGAACUGGACACACGAGGGCAGGAGGGGAGAGACGAACGAGAGAGUGAGAGUGAGAGACAGAACGUGGAGAUGGAUGGAGGGAUGAAGGAGAUGGAGGAGGUGGAGGAAGUGGUGGUGGAGGAGGAGGAGAUCCGGGUCGACUGUCCUAUCAUCCCUGGCGGUGGUGGAAACCAAGACUCACUCGACCAAUCAGAGCGGAGCGAUCGUCACGACCACAUCCAAUCACGUCGCGCCGUCUCCGGUGAUCCCGGCCGAUCGGAUAGCGUUGUUCGCCUUGCCGUUGACCAAUCGGAUCGCAGCAUCCGCGUCGAUGGGGACCAAACAGAUUGCAGGCUGCAGAGCAUAGGCGACCGAUUGGAUAGCGCCGAACCGCCGGCUCUCGACCAAUCAGCCGGCUCUUCCCACACAGCUCACACUGAGAUGCAGGGCGGUAGCAGCAGUAGUGGACCACAGCCCCUUGCAGCGGUAAGUGAGCGGCUGAGUGGAUCAGUGGGAGAGGCCGGAGCGGAUCUAGGGGUUGCCCAGACCCUCCCGGAGAGCGAGGUGAUGAACACAUACCUGCAGAUGGUGAGAGGGGAGUCUCAAAGUCCGCCACCUCGCGGACUUGGAGACGGGUCUCUGUCCGUGGGGAGCGAGGGUGUUGUGUCCAGAGACAGUGUGGACACGGCGUCACACGGAGAUGAUGACUUCUGGUGACACCAACAUGAAGACACUGACACAUAACUCAUAUGCACAAACUCACAGCAACAACGGCCACUCACCACUAAGUAGCGGUGACCUCACCACGUGUGCUUUGUGCCAGGCCAGGUGCACUUUGACGCCACAUGAAAUGUCAAAGGCUCGCAGGAGGUUAUGGGGACAGACCCAGGUGCCAUGGGUUUACUAACUGAGAUGACUGGCAGAUACACCACCUGUGCUACCCACUGUGUCAACUUUCUGGAUUUUAUCCACCCGGCGCUCCGCUCAUUAUUGUGAGCAUUGCUCCUCUGCUCUCCGUUGUUUUUGGAGGGUGACUGCCUCCAACUCCCCAGCAGCGGCCUUAACGAGCCUCCGCCUUAGAGGCCAGUCCACUCAGCUCCACAUCGUCCUGCACCGUAUCACUCCGUCUCUUCUCAAGCCAAUGCGGCGCCCGUUUAGCCCCCUCUAUGCGGACAAACAGAAGCUGCUUGGGUAUGCGGUGGUUGGGCAUGCAGGUUAUAUGACCCAGCCAACGGAGCCUUGCCUACUGGAGCAGCUAACCGAUAGAGGACUUUGUCUAGAUCAUUCAAGGCUUUGUGAACUCACACUGAUCCAGUCUGAUUAAACCCAGGAGGGAUCGUAGGCAGGCCAGCCUGAAUGUUUUAAACAGGCGCAGAUGUUCCUUUACAGGGCCUCACAUUUCACAAGCAUUGAGAAGGGAGGCAAUGACUGUGGCCGAGAAGACCCGAAGCUUCUUGCGGAGUGGCAGACCAGGUAGCUUCCACACAGCAUUACGCAGCCGAUGGAAAGAUAAUGCCGCCCGACUGAUUCGCAAUGAGACCUCCGCCACCACCACCUCCUCAUCCUCACCACCACCACCACCUCCACCGCUAUCAUCUCCACCACCACUUCCACCUCCGCCACCAUCUCCACUACCACCACCUCCACCACGAUCACUACACCACGCUAAGCCCCACAUAGUACCCCCUGUUUUCCACUGGCACAACCGAGCCAUCCUAUGUUGGCCCAGCCUGGCCCGGUGAUGAUGCGGACCACGUGCCCCUGUCCAGUGGAGGGGCCGCAUCCCUUGCGGGCAUUUGCGGUUUGAAUCUGGCUGGCCACCCUGCUUUUCAAUGUUUUUUAUGUUGACGAUGACGAUGAUGAUGGUGGUGGUGGCACUUUGAUUGACAGAUUUGUGCCGGAAAGAUCCCAAUACCAUUGCGCAUGUAUCAAGAAAAAUAAACUUGACUUUACUCGGA